CAAGAAGCAGCUUACAAAAAACAAACAAAAUAAAGACUUUCUUUUAUUAUAUUAGUGUUUAAUUACUUUUUACGAAGUGGCUUGUUUCAUUUAAUUUAAACCUCCCUCAUUUUUAUAGAGUAGACAAUAGUUCUCAGUACGCUUUGAAGCCAUUCAAGUAUAGAUUUUAGACUUUACUUUAAUAUAGAAUCAAAUGUCUUUGGAUUACACCGGAAGCUGAAUUGUAACUUCUAUUCGUGCAGAAAUACGAACAAACUGGAGAGCCGACUACUGCAUCAAGGGUAUAUAGGGUUAUAAAUUUUAAUUAAGAUAAGAAAAAGAAAAAAUUUAUUCAGUAUAUAUGUGAUAAUUGUUGAAUCAUGCCUACAACUAGCUUACCACGACAAGCCUGACUUCUGCCUGUUACAAUGGGUCUUGUAGUCUCACAUGGAACAACAACCUUCGCAACAUUCUUUAGUCCCAUCAAUUAACGAAGAUGUAGGAGAGGAGAACGUUCAAGCAAAUAGCUCUACUUUACUGAAUGCCGAUGAAAUUCCAGCGAGUUUGCCUUCGUUGGCAUCAAGUGAUCCAGAUGUUCAGGUUUCCUUACCCGAAAUAAAAGUAAAUGGGGAUGAUGUACAACAGAUGCUGUCUGAGAUUUUGUUGGAAGAUUCAUCACCUCCAGUCAAUGAGAUAGGUUCGGAAGCUCGUUCAGCAAGUGAAGUUUAUGAUGACAAGCUUCGAAAAGCCAUGUCAUUUGAUUGUAUCCUUGCUAGGCAAAAGAGAAAAUACUUGAUUUUCACUUCUUCUGGCAAGCCAGUCUUUAGCAAUGUUGCUGAUGAAAACCUUGAGCCUUCAACUGUUGCCGCUUUGCAGGCAAUUUUAAGCUCCUUUGAGGUUCUUAAGGAGGAUUUAACUUACUUUGAGACGUUUUCUACAAUUAUCGUGGCUUAUUCAGCCGGACCUCUUUAUUUGGUUUGUAUCUCCCCAUUGACCACGCUUUCACCGGAUUUUAUGAAAAAUGAAUUGAGACUUUUCUACCAUCAAAUACUAAGUACUAUUACAAGUAAGUCUAUUUCAUCAAUUUUAGAUUCAAGACCCAAUUUCGAUUUGCGACGUCUCAUUGGAAGCAGCGAGCAGUUUUUAAAAGUAUUAUCAAGCGAUCUAGAAAAUUAUGAACCAUUUUCAUUUCUAAAUGCUAUAUCUCCUCUUCCUUUACGUGUUUCAUUUCGAGACCAGCUAUCUCAAUUGCUAUUGAAAGAGAAACCCAAAUCCCUGAUAUUUGCUCUUUUGGUCGUACAAGGUCGAUUAGUUUGUGCUAUUAAGGCAAGAAAACUUAUGCUACAUGCAAAUGAUAUUUAUUUAGUUUUCCUCUCGGUGUUUAAUACCCAAGCUUUUAAUGAUUCCAUGGAGCAUUGGGUCCCCAUCUGCUUACCCAGCUUGAAUCCAAAUGCUUACCUAUAUAUAUACAGUCAUUUUAUCGACCACGAAGUUGCACUAAUUUUAGCGAGCAAUGAAAGUUCGAGUUUCUUUGAUUUGCAGGCAAUGAGAAACAUCGUUUCUAUGCGUUUAUACGAGAGGUAUUGGCUCAAAAAGAUACUACAUGCUGCAGAGCUCGAUCAAACUUCAUUUCGAAAUCCAGGGUUUCCUUGUAUUUUACAUUACCUGUUUUAUUCCAAAAAGUAUUCUCAAUUUUAUGCUCCAGGAUACAGAUUUAAUGCAAAAAAUAAUGUGAAAAAUCUUUAUGCUAUUUACGCUAGCUUGCAUGAUCAAGUGUUUCACAGAAAACGAUCUUUAUCUAUUGACGUGGAAAUUCAUGGAAGUUUAAUGCUUUUUACUUGGUCUACUUCUUCAUUUAAUUUUUAUUGUCUGGCCAAUGCGAAUGAAAAUUUGCAAAUUUUAAUCGCUAAUAUAAAUAAGGUUCUUCGAUGGAUUCGGAGAGAAGAAUCACGCUUAUUUAUAUGUACGAACCUUUCGUUUUAAUGAAGAAUAAAUAAUGAUGAACAUAAGUACUUACGGGC